AGUUCAGCUCUGUAGUAAUCAGUCUCUCCCGAGCUGUCAACACGCUCCUCGCUGCGCUCACGACACCAGUCUGGCUAAACCAGCCCGGCUUCCUCCUCAGCGACGCUUCCCUUCAGAUAACAGCGACUCUCCCCUCACUAUGACUCGGAGGUGAUCUUCAGCCUGUCCAGGUGGUUCUGGGGUUCCAGGUUGGUGUUGUGAGAGAGCAAGCUACCUGUGGGGAGGUGGACUGCCUGGGGCAUUGUGUCCCUGGCUCUCAAGUAAUUAAGGAAGGGGUUUGGCAAACUGUUCUGUCAUGGAGAAGGGAGACCUGAAAAUUGUCAACAAGGGACAAGAGGAGGAGAUGGAGCUGCAAGGCUACCGUCUUUGUCAUUGGCGACUUGCCCUUGUGGGCGUUGGGGUACUGUGCACAGGGGGCUUCCUCCUCCUGCUGCUUUAUUGGAUGCCAGAAUGGUGCGUCAAGUCCACCUGCACCCGUACCACAGCCCGGGAUGCCAAAGUGGUGUUGCUGCGCUCCACGGAUGAGUUCCGACGUUGGUUCUUGUCCAGGGUGCGAGUGAUGCUUGCCCCGGGAAGCAACCCCUUCCACAGCCUGGAGACCCAGACCACCCCCCCUCCCUCUUCUCACUCCCGCCCCUUCUCCACCCCAGCCUCCCUGCCUCUGGCCAACGGACACGCUCCUCACCCCUCUGAUCGCGGCCCCUCUCAGGGGAUCAUAAGAAGAUUUUCAGAUUACCAGCCCACACAGAUUCGCUAUUUUACCUUGCAUAGCACAAAAUAUUAUUGGAACGACGAGGGGCAGAACUUUGAGGUUUUAACUGGCCUGGAAGAUCUGCAGGUCAGCUGCUCGGCACUCCACUCGGAGCACAGUUCAGGCCUGACCAAGGACCAGCAGGAGUACCGGAGACUAUUCUUCGGAGUGAAUGAAAUUGCAGUGAAAGUGCCUUCUGUUUUCAAGCUGCUUAUCAAAGAGGUUAUCAACCCUUUUUACAUCUUCCAGCUCUUCAGUGUGAUCCUGUGGAGUGCUGACGAGUAUUACUACUAUGCUGUGGCCAUUGUUUUUAUGUCGGUUGUAUCCAUAGCUACCUCUCUGUACACCAUCAAAAAGCAAUAUGUCAUGCUUCACAAUAUGGUGGCAGCUCACAGUAUUGUCCGUGUGUCUGUAUGCCGACCCAAUAAUGAAAUUGAGGAGAUAUUGUCUACUGAUCUGGUGCCUGGUGAUGUGAUGGUCAUCCCCAGCAAUGGGACCAUCAUGACAUGUGAUGCUGUCCUGGUCAGUGGUACCUGCAUCGUAAAUGAAAGCAUGCUCACAGGUGAGAGUGUUCCUGUGACAAAGACCAACCUUCCAAACCCAGUGCCAGGGGAGCAGGACGAGGCUGAUGAGGCCUACAGCACAGAGGAGCACAAGAGACACACACUCUUCUGUGGCACCGAUGUCAUCCAAACCCGCUUCUACACAGGAGAACUAGUCAAGGCUAUGGUGGUCCGCACAGGUUUCAGCACAGCCAAAGGCCAGCUAGUGCGCUCCAUCCUUUACCCCAAACCCACCGACUUCAAGCUGUAUCGUGACGCCUACCUCUUCCUGUUGUGCUUGGUGGCCGUGGCUGGAAUUGGCUUUAUAUACUCCAUUGUCCUCAGUAUCAUGAACGAGGUGCCAGCAAAGACCAUCAUCAUUGAGUCCCUGGACAUCAUAACCAUCACUGUGCCACCUGCGCUGCCGGCAGCCAUGACGGCUGGGAUUGUGUAUGCUCAGCGCCGUCUGAAACGCAUCGGCAUUUUCUGUAUUAGCCCACAGAGGAUCAAUAUUUGUGGGCAGAUCAAUCUAGUCUGUUUUGACAAAACUGGAACUCUGACAGAAGAUGGACUGGACCUUUGGGGAAUCCAGAGAGUUGAGAGAGGCUGUUUUCAUUCGUCAGAGGGAAAUGCCUCCAAGGAGAAUAAUGUUAAGACUCAUUUCGUGGCUUGCAUGGCUACUUGCCACUCCCUUACCAAAAUAGAAGGUCAGCUGUCUGGAGAUCCGUUGGACCUCAAAAUGUUUGAGGCUACAAGUUGGAUCCUGGAAGAAGCCACAGAGGAGGAAACGUCUCUCCACAAUCGCAUCAUGCCAACUGUAGUUAAACCCCCGAAGCAGCUGUUGCCCCCAGAGCCUGCUCUAUCUCCAGAACAGGACUUGGAACUGUAUGAGCUUGCGUCAUCAUAUGAGAUAGGUAUUGUUCGGCAGUUUCCUUUUUCUUCAGGCCUUCAGAGGAUGAGUGUUGUAGCUCGUCUUCUCGGGGAGAAACGCAUGGAUGCCUACAUGAAGGGAGCACCAGAAAUCAUAGCUAGUCUCUGCAAGAAAGAGACGGUGCCAGAAAACUUUGCAGAAGUUUUGGAGGGCUACACUAAGCAAGGUUUCAGAGUUAUUGCUCUGGCUCAUCGUCGACUUGAAUCAAAGCUCAGCUGGCACAAAGUCCAAAACAUCAACAGGGAUCACAUAGAAACAAACAUGGAGUUCCUGGGUCUCAUCAUAAUGCAGAACAAAUUGAAGUCAGAAACCCCGGGGGUGCUUCAGGUCCUUCAUCGAGCCAACAUCCGCACUGUCAUGGUCACUGGUGACAACAUGUUGACAGCCAUCUCUGUUGCCCGUGAUUGUGGAAUGAUUGCUCCUAGAGAUACGGUUAUAAUUGCUGAAGCCUUCUUACCACAUGAUGGACACGCUGCCAAAAUCACUUGGAGAUACGCUGACAAACCCAGCAAGACGACACAACUCGAGGAAAUUAACAUAAGCUUGGAGGAUGUGUGUCACAUAGAUGAGUCCAAAACAAAAGAUUUGUUCCACUUUGCUAUGAAUGGAAAAUCUUUUGCUGUAAUAGCAGAGCAUUUCCCUGACAUGCUUCAAAAGCUCGUGCUGCAUGGGACAGUGUUUGCCAGAAUGGCGCCUGAUCAGAAAACCCAGCUGAUUGAGGCUCUGCAGGGAGUAGAUUACUUUGUGGGGAUGUGUGGAGACGGAGCAAACGACUGUGGGGCUUUGAAACGGGCGCAUGGUGGGAUCUCCCUGUCAGAGCUUGAAGCAUCAGUUGCUUCUCCCUUCACCUCAAGGACCCCCAACAUCUCCUGUGUCCCUAGCUUAAUCAGGGAGGGCCGUGCUGCCCUCAUCACUUCCUUUUGUGUGUUCAAGUUUAUGGCCCUCUACAGCAUAAUCCAGUACAUCAGCGUCACCCUCCUCUACUCUAUUCUCAGUAACCUUGGAGAUUUCCAGUUCCUCUUCAUCGACAUAGCCAUCAUCCUUCUUAUUGUAUUUACUAUGAGUCUAAAUACAGCUUGGAAAGAGCUGGUGUCCCGUCGCCCCCCCUCAGGUCUGAUCUCAGGGCCUCUGCUGUUCUCCGUGCUGACUCAGAUCCUCAUCUGCUUGGGCUUCCAAACCCUCACAUUCCUUUGGGUCCAACAGCAACCAUGGUACACUCUCUGGACACCGCUUACUGAUGUCUGCAACAGCACAUCACACCUGAAUGUGUCUGACCAUAACGACACAGAAGUGGACGACCACAACAUCCAAAAUUUUGAGAACACCAGCCUCUUCUAUGUCUCCUCCUUCCAGUAUCUUAUUGUUGCCAUUGUUUUCUCCAAGGGAAAACCUUUCAGGCAGCCUAGCUACAAGAAUUGGCCUUUUGUAUUUUCUGCUGUGAUUCUGUAUUUUUUUCUGCUGUUCAUCAUGUUUCACCCUGUUGAAAGCAUAGAUUCAUUUCUAGAGAUUGUUUGUGUCCCAUUUGAAUGGAGGGUAAAGCUUUUCCUCAUCAUUGUAGUCAAUGCCGCUGUGUCCGUCGUGGUGGAGACCUUCAUCCUUGACAUCGUCUUAUGGAAGCUUGUGUUCAGCAGAGACAAACAGGGCAACUUUGGCGUCACCCCUGCUGCCCCGACACCACAGGGGGGGAUAGACCUCGGGGCAUAUAAGUGUUUGGCAAGGCUGUGCUGCCCAAGCAAGAUGACACCAAAAGCUCGCUACAUGCACCUGGCCCAGGAACUCAGUGUGGACCCUGACUGGCCCCCCAAGCCGACCACCACCACUGAAGCCAAGGCCCUCCCGGGAAAUGGCUCUGCCUGUCAAAUCAUCAUCAACUCCUAGCACCCCCCCACAGCACUACCAAAUGUCUGGGAGACAUACAGAAGACAUGCACAUUGGGUGUAUCAAGUAAAUGCAAAUUCUACUUGUGUGACUGAAAUUAUGGAUGGGUAACUGCUUGUCUUCACACUUCGUGCGUCCAUUAUUGCAAUAUUAUAGCAAAAACUGUAGGAUUGCGCACAGACACCAAAUUACAUUUUAGCUUGCUCAGUAGUCCUGCCCUCCAUGGCACCCCCACCUCCUUCAAUGCUCUCAGGUCUCAUAGCUUCUCGCUACACUUCAUUAAAAACAUUAAAACACUGUCUGCUCAUCAAGAUGAGGAGCAUUCAACACAGACUGGCAGGAGGGUUCAUAUGCCAGGUCCAGUUUGUACAUCGAUCCAUUGAGUGGAAGUUAAACGUCCUCCUCAUUUUGCUCAUCUGAAAGUGGGUGUAAAAUAGAGCCCAAUUUUAACAAGAUUCCAGAGCUACAAUCACUGAUAAAUACUUUGUCUCCAAUGUAAGAGAAAGUGUUAAAUGCUAGAAGGAAUUAUUUUAUAUAUUUGUAAUGAACAGUAAAGUCCUAAUAUUUUAUUACACACAGUUCUCUUUUUAAGAGUUGAGGGACCUGUGAAAGUCUUUUGCAGAGUAGCAAAACAAUGAAAUGCCCCCAACAGGCUUACAGCAUAAGAUGAAAGAUGCUCUAUCCAUUAAAAGGGUUUUUGCCCCUACUGACUUAGAAAUCUGUGUAAAUACUGAAAUUGAAAGAGUUGAAGAGUUUGAGGAAGAAAAAUUGAUGCACUUUAAAACAGAUUUAUUUAUUUUUUCCCCCCUGAAUAGUGGAUGGAUAGAGCUAAUCAGAUUGUCUUGUGUUUCCAUUUCCGUCUGAUUUAAAUAAUGUUGGCUGCAAUUGAUUUUUUUUUUGUAGUGGCUAUAUAUAGCUGACAUGUCUGUAAUCAUCUAUUUAGUUCCCUGAUUGGACCUCAUUAGAGAGCACAGAGAGAUGCACAAAAUAGUAUCAGGAACGAGUCGGUUUUUGGAGGUUUGGAGUUUUAGACUGAAUAAAAUCAGUUUCUUGUUCAAUUAUACACUCUAGGGAGGUGUGUUUCUCUCGGUGAUUCAAAACAAAAAAGAAAAGGGUCUAUGACCAUUUUGAUGUUAAGGGCAUAUCUACAAAUAAAUAGGGUCAGAUAGUUUAAGAAGCCAACUGUCUGAGAAACAAUAAGUUUUUUUUUUUUGUUUUUUUUUUCUUUCAUUGCUGAUCAACGAAACCGGCGUUCUCGGCCCGUAGAAUCAUACUGUUAGACACUUUACAUCUCAGUCCAUGGCCGUGGUAGACUAUUAUUUUAGACGUUAUAAAGAGCAGAUUUAGAGACAGAAUUUUUAAAGUUACAUAACUUCAUCGAAAUAUUCAAUGAUUAUCAUGUGAAAUGAUCUCAAAAGUAUGGGGGAAGGGGACCUUUUUAUGUUUUGGUCACAACUUUCACAUGCAGUAGAGUUAUAAACAUUAUGGCUUAAAGUAAAAUGAAGAGGUAUGGCAGAGUCUAUAUUUUGUCUAACUUUAAAUCUGGACAUAAUGAUGAUAAUUACAAUAAUUUUCUUUAGAUGUGGAUGUGACUAAAGAAACAGGAGGGUAACAAAACACAGCUUUUGAGCCAUAUUGAGCUCUUCAUCCUGUGUCAUAUGAAAUGUCAAAUAUUCCUGUUGAAAUUGAGCACAAACAUUGAUAUUUCCAGAGUGAAUUUUAAUUAGUUUGUUACUUGCAUGUCUGUAAAACCGAAAUCUUAUUUCAUCAUCAGUGAGCUUUCGCUUGUCACCCACAUACAAAGACUUGCAUCCAGCUGCAUUUAGCAUUGGCCACUAUGCUGGAAAUGCUACAGCAAGUGUAUGGCAUUACUAUCGCAGCGAGACAUUACCAUCGGAUUAUUAAAAGAUAAAGUCUACCCCAGAAACAGCAUGCAUCUGGUGGGUCACAUAGACAAUUACUGUACCUGCAAACAUGAGAUUAUAUGAAUCAAAGCAUCACACAUCUUUUUUUUUUUUUAUUUUGUUUUCAAACAUAUUUCUUCCUGUGGAAGACUUAUUAAAGAUGUGAUACUGUAGUAAAGCAAACCAAGAAGUUAUAUACGUCAUCUGCUUGUGGCUCCAAAUUAUUCAUGAAAGGUGGAUGCUUAUUAUACAGCUGUAUUCAUGAAUUAUUCAUAUCCUAACCACAAAGUGUUAAGGGCUAUAUUUCACAUUCACAGAUUUGUGACAUUUAAAAGUGAUACUUCUGCUUUCUUUUGAGAAAACUCAACUUCACAACACACACUACAGUAAUGUGAGGAUUUGUUUUCUGAAACUCACAAGAAUUUGGGAAUUGCUGUAAAAAGUUUGUAGGGUUUUCCUUAAAAAAGCCUGUCUAGCAACAUUACGUUUGUUAAAUAGCUUGUUCUUCCAGUAAUGACAUGCUUAACAAAAGGUGGAGAAACUGUGUUUUGGGAACUGAAAACAGGAACUUUUCCAGCAACAUUUAAAUCUAUUUGAGAUCAUAUUAGAGAUGUAAAAGCAGAUUCACAGUAAUGUAUCACUUUAAAAUUAAAGAUGGCAUCAUAUAUAUGUUAAAUUAUGGCUUAUUUGUAUUGUUUGCACAGCAUCCUGUCUUUCAUGAAUGGUAUAAUUUUAAUAUUAUCUGCCUGACUAGUGGUAUUUAUGUAAAGCCAUGUCAAAAGAAUGUCUAAAAGUAAUGGUCCUUUUCCCUCCUGGCUGAAAUUGGCAAAUUUAUCCCUGAAAUCUGACAUCAGCACUGUAUUAUCAGACACUCUGAGUAUACCAAACACUGCGUUUACUUUGUCCAUUGAUUUUUUUUUUUUUUUUCUACAAGUAGGAAAAAUGUUGUGUUCUUCUUGAAUGGAUGCAUAGAUGUGAUGCUUUUAUUGUUUAUUCAGAUAAGCAGAAUGACUUUCAUUCAGUGGGAUGAUUUAACUUUGUGAUUUUUGUAGUUUUGUUUGAUGUGCCCAAAUAUUGACUACAGUCAUCACACUAGUGUCAAAACUUUAAAUCUUUUUUUUGUUUUCCUCUCUAAAUACCUCCUGAGGCUAAGAUUGAAUGUUAUUGAGAACAACAUUGAAAGCAAUGCAAUAUUACAAUUACUGAUUUAAUUUCCAAAGACAUUUCAUCACAAUUGUAGUAGUUAUUUAAAAAAUGAAAAAAAAAACUGAAUGAAAAAAGAAUGAUAGAGCUUUAGCCUUUGCUUAGUUCUGUUAAAUCAGAUUUAACACAGAGAAAGUGGGCGUUACGUGAUGAUAAUAAUAUUGAGGUUAAAUUUAUGUGUAAAUAUGAGCUGUACAUUUCUAGUGUGUCCAUAAAAGUCUAAAAGAUUUAAUUAUAAAAAUGAAUGGUUUUUGAAUAAUCAAAGGGCUUUGGUGUCUUUUUAUACUUUUUUGGUACUCUGCUACAAUCAGUUGUUUACUUUUGAUUUGUACUGUCUGUCCUAUGUUUUUGUACUAUCGCUUUAGAUCUGAAAUUGCAUUUUCUUAUUUUGGGCAUGAAUCCCGGGCAUUUAUCUCAGUUUAAAUCCGUUGUUAAAAAAUCUGACCUGGUAACUUUGGCAAAGAGGUUGCAAACAAUGUCUGUUUAAGACUCUGAAUUAAGUUGAGUUUUAUUAAACAACCUAGGCUGAAAGUCUUGUCUCUGUAAGUUUCAGAAUUGAACUUUCUAGCUUCUCAGCUUUUCAUUUUUAAUUUUUUGCCUCAAUGCUUUAUAUAAAAAAAUAAUUUGGCACAAGAAGGGGAUUAAGCUGUUUGACAUCACAAUUUGGCAUAUUUAAAAAAUUGUUUUUUUUUGCCAGGACCAUUGUAAAAAAAAAAAAAAAAAAAAAAAAUGUUUUCUACUCAUGAAGGUAAUAUUUAAUUGGCAAGCAGAAUGUGCAUUGCUGUUCAAUAUGAGCAGGCUCUUGUAGAAAUGAUAAUGCUGCUUGCAGCAAAAUGACUCGUCAUUUGUGUCAUGACCAUGCACUUGCAUGCAGAAAAUUUAUUCUAAAGAUGUCCAAAGUAAAAAUAUUACUUUUGCUGCUUCGAUUUUUUUUUUAAUUAUUAUUAUUAUUAUUAUUUAUUUAUUUUAACAGCUCUGUCAAAGCAGUGGAUUUUCUGAAACGUCUUUGCUCCUCUACAGGUACAACACACUGUACCAGCUGUUGACAGUUAACAUUCGCCCUCGUCUUCACGUAACAAGCAGACAAAUCUAUUGCAUGGCAUUCAAGACUUCUUCCACCUUUUGGUGAAUGAUUGAUGUGGAUGUUGUUUUCCUCAGGGAACUGAAAGUAUUUGUAAGGAAAGAAAAUGUUAAAAUCCAGAAAGAAUUUUUGAAUCUGCCAAUCAGCUGAGUUUACUCGGUGUGCUUAUUGGCACCUGCUAGACCUCAGCAAGAAGUUGUCCUGCCUUUCCUGUAUAUCGGCAAAGAUGUAAAUCAUUUAGAAACUUUUUGUACUCUAUAAUUUAUUUUUUAUUUAUUUUGAUUUCUUUUUCCCUGAGGAUUGCUUUACCGAUUGAUCUUGAUUUCUUUCUUUUCAAUAAAUGUUCUUAAAACGG